CAUGGAUUUUCCAAACAAGCUAUUACAUUAAUGCGAAGUAUAUUGACUGCAGAAAGUUCUGAAGAAGUUCAAUUAAUAUUAGAUGAAAUAUUAUUAAUUGAUGAACCUGGAAUUGAAGAUUGGAUAAAUUUUUAUAAUCAACCAUGGAUUCUUGCAAGUUUAAAUCAACAUUGCUCUCAAAUUGAUACUCUUACUUGGUGUUUAGUUGGUGAAACAACAAAUGUAGCUGAAUCGGCACAUGCUGAUAUUAAUCGCGAUGGAAAAGAAUUAAGUUUAAUGAAUGCAAUUGAAAA